CUGCAAUUUUGUUCAAAGCACCAAACGAACUAAAAAUCUAUUAAAAAAUGGAACUCGAAAGGGAGAGGAAGAAAGGCGUCGGAGGCAAGUAACCAUGGUUUCCAAACACACCUGUUCUUCUCUUUUCUAUAUCUCUUCUACGUUUUACCCAUUCCAAAUUCAACCGCUAUCUCCCUUUAUAUACCCAAUUUCAGAACAUUUACACAAUCAAAAUCUCUUCUUUUCUCUCAAUUUCAAGUUUCCCAGAUCAAUUUCACAAUCCCAUCAAUAUCUACAAACAAUCGAUCGAGCAUCGUACAUCUAUUUCCACUAAGUAAUUUGGCGAAAAUAAUUGGCGGCAAACGGAAGAAAGUUAGAAGAUGUUGGGCGAGUUGAUUACGAAUAGUCUUGUAUUGGUUCUUGGAUAUGCGUAUCCAGCUUUCGAGUGCUUUAAAACGAUAGAGAAGCAAGGAGUAGGAAAUGCAGAAUUGCGAUUUUGGUGUCAAUAUUGGGUAAUUGUUGCAAUACUCACAGUAUUCGAAAGAGUAGGCGAUAUAUUCAUUUCAUGGGUUCCAAUGUAUGGAGAAUUAAAGCUAGCACUCAUUAUAUACUUAUGGUAUCCAAAAACCAAGGGUACAGGGUUUGUAUAUGAUACAAUGUUGAGGCCGUUUAUAUAUAGACAUGAAACCGAUAUAGAAAGAAGCUUAAAGCAAUUUAGAGACAGAGCAUGGGACGUGGCAAUUUACUAUUGGCAGAAUUCCACAGAAUUAGGUCAAACAAAGUUCUUUGAUAUCUUAGGCUAUUUAAUCUCAAAGCCAUCAUCCUCAAGAACACAAUCUCAGGGGUUGCAAAAUCAUCAAAGUUCCGGUGACGGACGUCCGCCGCCGCCGCCGGUUACUCCAAGUCCGGUUUCAUUCGGAUCAGAGCAGUGGGCACCGACUGCUCCUCCGGCGUCAACCACCGGCCACCACCAAUACGCGGAGGAACCGCCUUUCCCGUCGUCGCCGAGUACGCAUAGUCAUAGUUCGGGUCAUAAAGAACCAGUUUGGCUAAGAUUUAGACGAUCUAGAGGACUUUGAUUCGUGAAAAGUAGGCAUAAGUCAUAACUACAGAUUGUAAAGAAACAAGAACAACAAAAUUUGUAUUCUAAUUCUUAUUAUUAAUUCUAUUGGUUUAUUGUUUCUACAAAUUGGAGAGAAAUCGAAACGAAUCCCCGAUUUGGGUGUUGUACAGUUGACUUGAUUACCUUUUUUGUUAUAAUCGGAAGUUGGUGGUAGUUGUGAUUGGAGUACACCGGAGCAUGCAAUCGCAGAUUUGAGUAAAGAGAUGGAGGAAAGCGUCAGAGAAUCGAGUCCAGAGACGGUGGAAGACGGUGGAUCCACCGGAUUCAGGGGAGGUCGACAUGGGUUGAAGGUACGCCCAGGCGGCCUGUUUCACGAGCCGGUUUCGGAUCGAAAUCUCGUAACCGGAAUGAACGGCGGAGGAGGGGACUUUAGGUGACUGAACAACGGCGGCUGUUGAUGGAAGGAUGUCGCGGAGGGAGGUGUAGGAAGCUGGUUUGAGAGACACCAGCUCGAAAUCUGUUGAAGAAGAUAAUGAGGAAGACGCCGUCGUGGUAGUGGUGGUGGAAGAAGAGUAGUCGUCAUUAGUGUGGAGCUUUAUAUCGGAUGGUGUUGCGAUGGAGUUACGUCGUCGGAGGGUGGAGAUGGGUGUUGUAGGCUCAUCGCCGGCGAUGUCCAUGGCGGAGGUCGGAGAAGAAGGAGGAGGAGGUAGUUGUAGUCUUGAAAAGACAACGGCUGCCAAUUUUGUUAUUGACGUGAAAUUAUAUUUGAAAAGAAAGGAGUCGAGUAACGCC